CCGUCCUUCUUUUGCGCCAGAGGCUAUUUGGCAAGCCGUACCUUCGCCAUCGCGUGACAGGCCUUGUUCUUCUCGACACGCCCCACUUCCACGUAGCACUGGCACAGUGGAUCCGUUGGAGACCGACACCCACGCCUGAUGACGCCAUCGUCGGCAUCGCCAGUAUGCAGGUGUCGUUCAAGGACCAAUUAGGUCCCCAUCUGCCAGUUGCCUGCUGCUUUACCACUCCUGCCGACAGAAAGAAGCCCUAUUUGCGUUCCGAGUGGGCCAUCCUCCCCCGGGUCAGAGUCGUGGCGUUCAAUGAAAGCCCCGCCGACCCGCCGAAGCCUACCGCCGACCCACCGAAGCCUAAGUCUAGCCGUUGGGCUAUCUUCUCCCGGACCAGAGUCGUGGCGUUCGCACCAAGCUCCGCCGCCGCCCCGCCGAAGCCCGUGUCCAGGCGUGAUACCUCUGGUGUCGAGACGCUCUCCAAGUGGCUUACACAGGUACUCGACAUCAGCCGCGGCUCUGCACCGCCUAGGCCGUUAGAUAAGUCGCUGGCAUCUUUGUUCCAAGAGGCGUCGCUCCAAAACGACCCAGCCCCGCUCGCCAGGCUUGUCCGACUCUACCAGGAGACGAGCAGCUUCAACGGCGAAUACUACGUCCCCCAGGACGCCUUGGACAAGCUCGUCACUCGCAGUCAAGUCCUCCGCGAGCUCAAACAAUAUGGCGUAGCGGGCGACGACUCCACCGUCGACUUUAUCCUCAACAAGGCAAAGAAGGUGUUUGCCAUUCUUGCCAUGGCCAAUCUCAUCCCGGCCGUCGUGGACGUGAAGGAUUCCGGCUUCACCGACGAAUACUUACCUGUCGGCCAGAGAGGCUGCCAAAUCGUGUCCCUAGAGCCGCGUUCGUAUCAGCUCGGGACGGACGCAUUUGAGGUUUUCGAGACUGGGAACAUGAGCAAAGAGCGCACGAGAUUCAUCCGCCUUCAGUGGAGCUUCCUCGCCCCCGUCUUCGAACUAACGAGAGUAGCACGGCAUCAUCAGAAUAUCGUUCUGCCGUUCAAGGAGUACGAGAGCGCCGAUAUCUACAAAUACCUCGGCUUGUUUCCAGCGAGAGAGGAAAGCGAACAGCUUCGACCGGGAUAUUACACCUCGCCGACAACACAACAGGCUUCCGCAGGGCCGUCUUGCACCCCGCCUAUGACGGCGGCGUGACACCGUACAUGGUGAGUUCAUGCAAACCUGCAAUCCGAAAAAAGAAAAGAAAAAAAGGAACCUCACCAGAAAGAUUCAUGCACUAACCAGUACCAACAAUGAAUAGCAAGGAAACCCCGGCCGCGUAGUUGCGGUCUGCGAAGUGACGGCGGAUGCGUGGCCGCGAAGCCACGAACUCGC